AUGGUACCCCCACCUGAUCUGAUGCAUGUAGUCACUGAACUUCAGCGUCAGGUCACAGAACAACAGCAAGUGAUUAAUACUCUAAUGAAUCAGCAGGGGAACCCUGCCACCCCACCAGGGAACCAGAAUGCGAUGCUAGUCGUACCUACAGCUGCACCUGUACCACCGAUAGGCCCAGCCCCAGUGGUUCGACAAGAGAUUGCAACAGCAUGUGCUCUCACAGCCUUUAAGUUGCGUCAUCCAAUAAAGAUGUACCUUGAUCGUAGCACGGAUAUGGUAAUGGUAGGAGGAAGGCAUCCAAUGAAAAUAACCUAUUCUGUGGGUUUUAAAUCCGAUGGAAAGAUUACGGCCUUGUACUUGAAUUUGUUGGUAAAUGCAGGCAUAUCAGAGGAUUAUAGUCCACUUAUUUCACAUGCCAUUAUAACUUGUCUAAAAAAAUACAACUGGGGUGCUCUCGCUUUUGAUAUUAAACUAUGCAAGACGAAUCUUACAAGUAAAUCAUCGAUGCGAGCACCAGGGCAGGUACAGGGAUCUUACAUUGCUGAAGCUAUUAUUGAGCGUGUAGCAUCUUUCCUGUCCUUGGAUGUCGAUGUUGUGAGAAAAAGAAAUUUGCAUACAUAUGAAAGCCUGAAGUUUUUUUAUGGAAGUAGCAGUGGAGAAGCUCCGGAAUAUACUUUACCUGCUAUAGUUGAUGAGUUGUUUACAUCUGCAAGCUACUUCAAUCGUCUUGAAAUGGUAUUGCAUUUCAAUAGUUGCAACAAAUGGAAAAAACGAGGGAUUUCUUGGGUACCAAUUGUAUAUGAAGUGGAACCAAUGCCAACACCAGGGAAAGUAUCCAUUCUAAAUGAUGGUUCAAUUGUUGUUGAAGUCGGAGGAAUUGAAAUAGGCCAGGGACUGUGGACAAAGGUGAAGCAAAUGGCUGCAUUCGGUCUUGAACAGCUAUGGGAUGAAGAGAAAAAAUAUCUUUUGGAUAGGGUUAGAAUCAUUCAAGCAGAUACUCUGAGUUUGGUUCAGGGAGGUUUAACUGCUGGAAGCACCAAAUCUGAAGCAAGCUGCGAAGCAGUUCGUCUAGCAUGCUCUAUUCUAGUCAGCAGAUUAAAGCCUCUUAAGCAAAGUUUGGAAGAGCAAAUGGGAUCAAUUUCAUGGGACACCCUUAUUACCCAGGCAAAUUUGCAAUAUGUGAACUUAUCAGCGAGUACAUUUUGGGUUGCUGACGAUACUUCAUCAUAUCUAAAUUAUGGGGCUGCUAUAAGCGAGGUAGAAAUUGAUGUUCUCACUGGAACUACUACGAUAUUGAGAGCAGACCUUACAUAUGACUGCGGACAGAGCUUGAGUCCUGCCGUGGAUCUAGGACAGGUUGAAGGGUCUUUUGUUCAAGGAAUUGGAUUUUUUGUCCUAUUGAUUUUUCCACCGCGGCUGCCACUCAUCGCCGUUGACCGUCGCCGCCAUCCGCCGUCCGCCGCCGCCAUCCACCAUCGGCCGCCACUACCCACCACCGUCGGUUGUCACCACCCACCACCAUCAGUCGUCGCCGCCCACCGCCUUCGGCCGCCGCCGCCCAUCGCCGUCGCCUGCUGCCGCCCUCCGCCAGAGGCCACCAUCGGCCGGGGACCGCCGGUCGUCGGUCGCCGCCCUCCGACGGCCACCACCGACUGUCGGCCGUCGACCGCCACCGGCCGCAGGCAAUCAUCGUCGUUGCCAGUUACCGGCGGUCUGGGACGGUCGACAAUUGCCGGUGGCAGCGACCAGCAGAGGAGGCCAACAACGGCGACCACUGGUUGCCACAAGCUCCGUCAGAGGUGCGCCGGUCGUCGGUAG